AUGUUUGAUCCAUAUGUGAAUACAAUUUAUGACUAUGUUGGAGGAAUUGAUGAUAUUAGAAAAGCUAAAGUGCGGACUAUUCAUCCUGCCAGCUUCUCAUUGGUGGAAGAUUGUGCUCGUAUACUACGUGCCAUUAGAAUCGCUGCUCGUUUAGGGUUUGGUUUUUCAAGAGAUACCGCCCGUGCAAUAAAACACCUUGCACACUCUGUUCUUCCGCUCGAUAAGGGGAGGCAUCUUAUGGAAGUGAAUUACAUGUUAGCAUAUGGUUCUGCUGAACCUUCAUUAAGGUUAUUAUGGAGAUUUGGUCUCUUAGAAUUACUCUUACCAAUUCAGGCUGCAUAUUUUGUUCGUGAUGGUUUUAAGAGACGUGACAAGAAGACUAACAUGCUCUUGUCAUUGUUUUCAAACAUGGAUAAGCUCCUUGCACCAGAUCGACCAUGUCAUAGUAGUUUAUGGGUGGCAAUUUUAGCGUUCCACAUGGCGUUAUUAGAUAAACCAAGGGACCCUUUGGUUGUUGCUGUAUUUAGUCUUGCUAUCAACAAUGGAGGAGAUAUGGAAGAAGCUGUUAGCAUAGCUAAAAGGAUUUCCAAACCACAUGCUAAAGGAAUCUACCAUGAAUUAUCAGAGCCUCAAGAUCUUGACUUAAAGACACUGAAAAAACAGGUUUUGGAUCUUGGGGUGUUUAUUAAUAGGGCACUGUCUAACAUGACUGAUUCGUAUUAUGUCUCACAAGCAAUGAGUAGUUACCCCAAAGCACCUUAUUCUGAUUUGGUGUUUGUGUCUUUGCAUUUGUAUUUAAAGGGAGUGAAGAUAUUUGAGUGUGUUAAUAAAGGUAAGGAGGUGGGAUUUGUGGGGAAGCAAGGUGGGAAGAUUGAUUAUGAGUUGUUAGGUAUGGGGAGUUUACAGGAAGUGAGGCAUGUGUUUGCUAGGGUUGUGUUUGAUACUGUGUACCCUUUAGACAUUGGUUGUGGUUAA